AAAGCCAGGAAAAAGUUAGUGGAUGUUCCGUCGAUGGGAAAGUCAACAUUACUGUCGACCAACACGGUGCGUCAUGAAAAACUUGCUCAUCGCGAAGUAAAAAAUUCUACAGCGUCCGCCGGAAAACGGAAGCAAUUCAGACGAUGUAUCCAGCCACCGGAUCAUGGAAUAUGCCAACCUGUGAAAUUGGCUUAUUAUUUUGAUGUUAAUUCAAGAAGUUGUAAGCCGUUCGUCUCGGGUGGUUGUCUGGAAAACACUAACCGUUUUGCCACAGUGAGGCAGUGUCAUAACACGUGCCUGCCGAGCGAGAAACAACAACCACGUUGUCACGUGCAUCCGAAUUCUCAACUAUGCGAAGGCCGUCAGCAGUUCUGGGCCUUCGAUUACUACAGGAACAUCUGCCGUCGAUUUAGGUUCGGCUAUUGUGGAGGAAGUAUGAACCUUUUUCCAACGUGCGAGGCGUGCAUGACUACAUGCAGCACGUUAAAUGCAAACAAGUUUUGUCGUAUGGUGUACGAGGCCAUCUGGAAGAGGAAAAAUUAUUGAUAAAAACAACCCGCACAACUGCCCAUAUAAAGUGACUGCCUUGA